UAGAAAUGAAGACUUGUUUUGGCAAUACUGUCAUUUUUCUUUGGGUUAUGGCAAUCACUUUUUUCCCUUUGGCUUGUGGCAAAGGUUGCAGUGAAGAGCAAAACAAAGCUCUCUUGGAGAUCAGAAACUCCACUAAUGGUAUAGCCUUUGCAGACUGGAACGGAAGGAAUUGUUGUGAAGCUUUUCAAGUUUUGUGUUACGGUAGAAAUGGGGGAGUUAACCGUAUCACUUUGGACAACGUCACAUCAAGUACAUGAUAUCCAAAUGUAACCUGGUUCACAUUAUUUGAGGAACUGGAAAGACUGGAUCUUAGAGACAUGCAAAUUGGAGGGGGCCUUCAACCUUUUUGCGAAUUGAAGCGACUAAAAUAUCUGACAGAACUGUUUCUUGAGAGUAAUGAAUUGGAAGGCGUUUUUCCCUCUUGUCUUGGGAUGAUUCAAAAUCUUCAAAGACUUUUUCUAUUGAAUAAUCGCCUUCAUGGUAAUCUACCUCCAUCAAUAUUCUCAAAACAAAGCAAGAUUGAGUGGUUUGAUGUUUCGUAUAAUCAAUUAGAUGGGGUUUUAUCAUUUUCCAUUUUUGCCAAUGCUUCAAGUCUCAAAGACCUUGAUCUUUCUGGAAACUACGAUUUGGAAGUUGAAACCGAGUCUCCCUCAUGGGUCCCAACAUUUCAACUAGGAAGUCUGGGCUUGGAGAGCUGCAACAUCAACAAGAAGAAUGGUCACGUUUUCCCAAGUUUUAUCUCCUCCCAAUCUUCCUUGGCUCAGCUGGCGUUGUCUAACACCGCAAUAGAGGGAAGCAUACCUUGUGAGUUGUUUUUCAACACAAGCAUAGGACAUCUAUUCUUGGGAAGCAACAAAAUUGAUGGCUUUUUUCUUGAUUGCUUUGCUAAUCGAACUUCAUCACUUGAGGUUUUUGACAUAUCUGAUAAUCGCGUCAAAGGUUGUCUUCCGGAAUAUGUUGGACAUGUUCUUCCACACUUGCGUCAAGUUAACAUGUCCUCAAAUGCAUUAGAAGGCAAAAUCCCUUGGUCAUUUGGUAAUUUGACUCUUGAAGUAUUAGAUCUUUCUUAUAACAUGUUCUCAGGUACAUUGCCACAAAGUUUGACUAGAAAUGGCACCAACCUAGAAUAUCUAGAUCUAUCAAACAAUAAAUUGCAAGGAGAAAUGCUCCCAAGGAACUCCAACAUGACAUGGUUGGAGUGUUUACUACUUGGCAACAAUCACUUUGAAGGAGUCAUCGCACCCACAAUAUCAAACAGUCCCAUUUUGUUAAUCUUAGAUGUUCAAAACAAUCACUUGUCUGGUAAUAUUCCAAAGUGGUUGUAUGAUCAUCCCAGUUUGUCUAUAGUUAUUUUUAAUGGAAAUCGCUUUGAAGGUCACCUACUCCGAGGAAUCUGUCAAAUGAAAUAUUUGCAAGUUUUUGAUAUCUCUGAUAAUCAUGUUUCAGGCCAAAUUCCCUCUUGCCUCAAUAACAUUACAUUCUGGACGAAGACUUAUCCAGUGAGAAAGUUUCAAAAUUCCAUGUUUCCAUUUCUAGUUCAAAAUUCAUUUGAAAUUGCAGUGUCUUGGCGAAUAAAAAAUAUAGUAUAUAAUUUCAAGGGGGCACCAUUGUGGUUGAUGACCGGAAUUGACAUGUCGUCCAACCAAUUGACAGGUUGCAUUCCUUCUGAAAUGGGAGAGUUGUCAUUGCUUCGAUUCUUGAACUUGUCAAAUAAUUUUCUAACAGGACCCAUUCCAAAUUCUUUCCGGAACUUGAAAAAUGUGGAGAGCUUGGAUCUUUCUCACAACAAGUUAAGUCAGAAAAUCCCUUAUGAAUUGGUUGGACUCACUUCUCUAUCUACGUUUAGUGUUGCAUAUAACAAUCUUUCAGGAAGAAUCCCAUUUGAGAGGCAGUUCUCAACUUUCAAGAUGCAAUGCUAUGAUGGCAAUCCGAAUCUUUGUGGAGAUCCUCUGCCGAGAAAAUGCUCAAUCACAAACGGGCUUGAGCCUGAACAUAAGAGCCAAAGUAAGGACAAAGAAGAAGGGACUAGUAUAAUUGAUAGCCCUUUAUUCUUUUAUGCAUUUGUUUUUGUCUCUUAUGCAUUUGGAUUUUGGGUUUUCUUUGGGAUCCUAAUCAUUAAGAAGAGUUGGAGGCAUAACUAUUUUAGAGUUGUGGACAAAUUUAUUGAGUCUUGUUUUGAAAUGCUUUCCAAGUAUUGGUGAUUCACAACCAACUUUGUAGUGGAAGCAGAAAAUAUAUCUGAACUUCAAAGUAAUGCUUAUCUUUAAUAAAGAUGUUGUACUUCUAAAUGCUUCUAGCUCACACUCAGAAGUAAAAGUUGUGUACAAGUUGUUUUGGGUUCUAGGAUUUUAUUAUAGAUUAUGAAAUUUAUUGUUCCCUUUGUGCUAUUUACUAUGUUGUUAAAUGAUAUGGCUCCUGAA